CGUCAUAGGUCAGACGAAUCAUUUUACUUUGUAAACAGAGGAAUCGAUUACUAGAUUGUGAAAGAUCAGGAGGUCAGGGAAGUAAAUAAAUAAAAGAUGUCCCCGAAAAAGAAAAAAAACAAACAGGAUGAGGAAAUCGAAGAAGACGACGUAGAGGAAAGGCAGUCGAAGCCAAAAAGUAAGAGCAAAGCCGUCGCCAAUGGAGGCACUCGCGAGGGCAAGAAGAAGUCCAGAAACACAGAGGAAUCCGAGGCUGAAAAUGUCAAACCAAAGACAAAAAAAAAGGGUGAGGCCAACAGAAAAUUGAAACAAAAGAAGAAAUCGGAAGAAGAUCAUGAGGAAGAUGAUGAAGUGAUAGUCAAUGAUGACAAGAGCCGAAAGGAGAAGAAUAAUAAUGACACAAAGACAAAGGACAAGAAGAAGAAAGCAAAAGAACUGUCUGAAGAUGAGGGUGUGAAGGAAGAAGUCAGCGAAAAAAAGAAGAAGAAAUCAACCUCGACUGAGAAGGAAGACAUGGGGUUGAAAGACAAGAGGUCGAAGGAAGGCAGAAAGAAGCACAAGAAGAAGCCUUCUGAAGAGGAAGAGGAGAUACCGGAGGCAGAGGAGGAAGAGGAUCCCAAAAAGAAGGGUAAAAAAUACAAGAAAGGCUCAGCAGGGAGUGAUGAGGAAAAGACAGACAAAAAGAAAGGGAAAGGCAAAAAAUCCAAGAAACAGGUUGACUACAGUGAGAUUUAUGAGCAGGAGCUGAAGAACUACAACACAGACUCCUCUGAUGGAUAUGAGGAUGAGUAUCACAAGAGAAAAGUUUACGAGGUGGUCACGAUCACAGGAGAUGUCCGAGGAGCAGGAACCGAUGCCAACAUUUUUGUCACUCUCUUUGGAGAAUAUGGGAUCACACCCAAAGUGCACCUUGCCAGCAAGUGA